UGCAGAAUUCCUGAGGGAAACUGGGAAGGGGCUGGAGAAUUUCUGGGAAGAAGGUGGAGAAUUUUUGGGAAAUGGCUGGAGAAUUUCUGGGAAAUGGCUGGAGAAUUUUUGGGAAGGGACUGGAGAAUCCUGAGGGAAACUGGGGAGGGAAACCUUGGGAACUUUUAUUCCCCAUCCCUGCAAACCUCCGAGCGUGCAAACUCCCAGCCUGGCCUCAAACCUCAAUCCCAACUUACCCCGUGAAAAAAAAAACAACCCAAAAAACCGACCCCAGAUCCGUGCGGAACCCCGAUUUCUCCCGGUUUCCCAGAGGGUUUGAGGAAUGCCCAAGAAAUUCCAGGGGGAGAACAGCAAGUCGGCGGCGGCGCGCGCCCGCAGGGCCGAGGCCAAGGCGGCGGCGGAGGCGCGGCGGCAGCAGGAGCUGGAGGAUGAGCUCUGGAAGGACGAGGACAAACACGUCCUGAGGAAGGAGCAGAGGAAGGAGGAGCGGGAGAAGCGGCGCCUGGAGCAGCUGGAGCGCCGCAAGGAGCUGCAGCGGCUGCUGGAGGAGGAGGACUCCAAGCUCAAAGGGAAAACUCCCAAGCAGGGAAAUCCUGGGAAAAUCACCCGCGCCCAGAUCGAGGAGAACGUCCGCAAGGAGCAGCAGCAGAAGGAAAACACGGAUGCAGUGGAGAAGGAGAAAUCGCACCUGGAGCUGCCGCUGGAGGAGAACCUGAACCGGCGGCUGCCUGAGGAGGGCGCUGUGGAGGCGCGCAGCAUCGAGGACGCCAUCGCCGCCCUCAGCGUGUCCCAGCCCCUGGAGCGCCACCCCGAGCGCCGUCUCCGCGCCGCCUUCGCCGCCUUCGAGGAGCUGCAGCUGCCGCGGCUGCGGCGGGACAACCCCAACAUGCGGCUGAGCCAGCUGCGCCAGCUGCUCAAGAAGGAGUGGAUGAGGUCCCCCGAGAACCCCCUGAACCAGCGGCACAAACCCUACAACAGCCACCCCUAGGCAGCUGCCCGGACUGGGAUCCCCGCCAGGACCGGCCCCCGUGGGCCUUUUGGGGUUUUUUGUGUCUCUCUCUCUCUCCCCGCCGUGGGUUUGGGGCGAGCUGGAGGUCGGACUGAUGGCGCCUUCUCCUUCCUGGAAUUCCCUGCGGGAAGCAGCUCCCGGCUGCCCUCGGCGUCCCCUCCGUGGGAUUCUGGAGUUGUCACGUGGAAAGUGCUCCUGGGGUGUGAGCCCGAAGAGAUGCCAGAGCCUGGGUCUCGCCUGAGAUCCUGCUCCUGGUUCUUUGGGAUUGGGAUGUCCCUGAGAUCCCUGCUCCUGGGUCUUUGGGAUAUAUCCCUGAAAUCCUGCUCCUGUUUGCUUUGGGGUUGGGAUUGGGAUAGCCCUGAGAUCCCUGCUCCUGUUUCUUUGGGAUAUCCCUGAGAUCCCUGCUCCUGUUUCUUUGGGAUAGCCCUGAGAUCCCUGCUCCUCUUUGCUUUGGGAUGUCCCUGAAAUUCCUGCUCCUGUUUCCUCUGGAACUGGGAUGUCCCUGAAAUCCUGCUCCUGUUUGUUUUGGGAUUGGGAUAUCCCUGAGAUCCCUGCUCCUCUUUGCUUUGGGAUGUCCCUGAAAUUCCUGCUCCUGUUUGCUUUGGGAUUGGGAUAUCCCUGAGAUCCUGCUCCUGUUUCUUUGGGAUAGCCUUGAAAUCCUGCUCCUGUUUCCUUGGGAUUGGGAUAUCUCUGAGAUCCCUGCUCCUAUUUCCUUUGGGAAGUCCCUGAAAUCCCUGUUCCUGUUUCUUUGGGAUUGGGAUAUCCCUGAAAUACCUGCUCCUGGGAUGUCCCUGAAAUCCUGGUUCUGUUUCCUUUGGGAUAUCCCUGAAAGUCCUGCCUGCUCCUCUUUGCUUUGGGAUGUCCCUGAAAUUCCUGCUCCUGUUUCCUCUGGAACUGGGAUGUCCCUGAAAUCCUGCUCCUGUUUGUUUUGGGAUUGGGAUAUCCCUGAGAUCCCUGCUCCUGUUUCCUUUGGGAUUGGGAUAUCCCUGAAAUUCCUGCUUCUGUUUCUUUGGGAUUGGGAUAUCCCUGAAAUCCCUUCUCCCAUUUCCUUUGGGACUGGUGCCAUUUCCUUUGGGAUUGGGAUGUCCCUGAAAUCCCUGCUCCCAUUUCCUUUGGGAUUGGCUCAUCCCUGAGGUCCCUGGUGCCAUUUCCUUUGGGGUUUGGGCUAUCCUUGGUCCUGUUUCCUUUGGGAUUGGGGCAGAAGUGUUGGGAAGAGGGAAAAUCCCUCGGGGGAGUGGGAAAAGCCUUUCCCAGGGGGGACAGGCACUCCAGGUGACAUUCCCACUGUCCCCUGGAAUGCUGGAGCCCCAAAUCCACUCGGAGGAGGGAUUCCCAUCCUUUGGGAAUGAAAUUCCUUCCCAGGAAUCGGCCUGGAGGUGCCACCCAACUUCCCAAAAUCCCAUGGGAUUCAUCCAGCCUCAUCCUUUUCCCUCUUUUUGGGGCUGCCCCCCCUGGGCUGGGCCCUGUUCCCACAUCCCAGAAUUCCCAAAUCCAGCCAGGGAGGAGUGACCCCCCCCCCAUCAUCCCUUUGUGUGAGUUUGGUGUGUUUGAAUCCAAUUAAAAAUUUAAAGAAAAAAAAAAA